AAUUUCCUUUCAAUCCUUCAACACACCUUUGCUUCCUUUAAUAAGUUGAGUACAAUGAGAGCCCACUCUCCCCCACUCUCCUCCACCGCCCACUCUUCUUCACUCAUCUCUCUCUUUCUCUCUCAUUCUUCAUAGUCCUGACUCCCCCAUUUAUAAAAGCAAAAUUCUUCCCCUUUCCAAAUUUCUAACCUCCCAAUUUUUAUAUCUUCCUUGCUUUUUUAUUUCCCCCUUUUAAUCAUCAUAUUAUAUUUUCAUCAUGAAUAAUAAUACCAAUAAUAAUAAUAAUAAUCCCUUCUCAAAUUUCUAUCUCAAAUGGUCUAAAUUCAACUCUCUUCCUCAUUCACCUUCCCCUUCUUCAUACCUUUUCUACAAUAAUAACAACAACAACAACAACAAUUAUAAUUAUCCUAAUUACUCCAAUAAUAAUAUCAACAAUACUAAUUUUUACUACCACAAUAAUAAUAUUAAUAAUAAUAAUAUUCCAACACCGCCCUCUUCUCCUCCUCUCAAAGAAGCCCUCCCUCUACUAAGCCUAUGCCCUUCAACCAUGGACAUAGUCGAUGACAACAACAAUUUCAUCAAUCAAAACUCGGCUCGACUCGGAUCGUCAAAAAGCACCAGCUUAGAGGAAGAAGACGAAGACGAAGACGAAACCGUUACAGUAGCUUUACACAUAGGGUUACCAAACCCUAGUGCAGCUGAUCUCGCUUCCAUUCUAUCAUCUCCUUCCAACACUAAUAAUAAUUAUCAUACUAAUAAUAGUAUGAUUACUGAAGAAGAUGGAGAUUGUAAUGAUAAUAAUAAUGAAAAUGAAGAAACAGAAGAUUUUGGGCAUCCUUUUUUAAGCAGGCUUAAUAAAGGACAGUAUUGGAUCCCUACUCCUACCCAGAUUUUAAUUGGUCCUACUCAGUUUUCUUGUCCUGUUUGCUUCAAAACCUUCAACCGUUACAACAACAUGCAGAUGCAUAUGUGGGGGCAUGGAUCUCAAUACAGGAAAGGACCAGAGUCAUUGAGAGGCACCCAACCAACAGGAAUGCUAAGGCUACCAUGCUAUUGUUGUGCACCAGGGUGCAAGAACAACAUCGAUCACCCACGAGCAAAACCUCUCAAGGACUUCCGAACCUUGCAAACACAUUACAAGAGAAAGCAUGGAAUCAAGCCUUUCAUGUGUAGGAAAUGUGGCAAGGCCUUCGCCGUGAGAGGUGAUUGGAGGACUCAUGAGAAGAAUUGUGGUAAACUUUGGUAUUGUAUUUGUGGAUCGGAUUUUAAGCACAAGAGAUCUCUCAAGGACCAUAUUAAGGCCUUUGGACAUGGGCAUGCCGCGUAUGGAGUAGAUGGUUUUGAGGAGGAGGAUGAGCCAGCAUCAGAAAUCGAACAUGAUAACGAAGAAAGCCACCACUCAAGGAAUCAUCAACACUAGCUAUCUAGGGGUAUAUGCUUCUUCCUUUCACUUAUACUCCACAUAUUAUGUGUAUAUUUGAUUAAGUUAGCUAAAUGCCUAAGCUAUAUAUAAUAUACACUCGAUCUUUUAGAUUAUACUGUAUAUUUGAUCAUUUUGGGUUUAUCAAUAGCUCAUGAUGAAAGAUUAAACACUUUCAAGCUAUAUGAGCUUUUGAAUAAGUAUUGUUGUUGCUUUUGGGUGUUGUUUAGCAAGGAUGGAGGAGCCUAAUAGAUGGCUUUAAUUUAUCAACUUUGGUAAAGGAGAUGAUUGAAAUAAAGGAGAUAGAUAACCCCACAUACAAUAUGCCGGAGUUAUUUGAGAUCUAUAUUAUUAUGGAACAAAAGAGAGCUAAAUUUUGUAGAUUGAUCAUCAUUACAAAAGUAUAUUAUUAGCACGUAUGUAUAGCAUGAGCCCAUCUUUGUGGAAGUGUAUGUAUAAUCAUUGAUUGUGACUUCCAUGUUGGAUGCCAAGUUGGUUGAUCCAACAGCUUACUAGAUGGCUAGAUUAAAUAUUAUUAGGUGCACUCGAGAAUAUCGAGAAUGGUGCUUAUUCUAUUGUGUACAUAACAUGCACAUGCACAAGUGGAGAGGUGGUGUGUUUAAUUGUUUA